GUCAGAUGUGUACUGCAAUUCUCUCACAACUCUGUUCGAAUCUGACCGAGUGAGUAUUAAGUGCUAUUGGCUAAUUCACUAUCUGAGAGAAAUUCUACAGCAGAGUGAAGAUGGUAUGGUUUGGUCAAUGCAUUAUUGGACCACCGGGUUCCGGCAAGACUACAUAUACAGCUGCCAUGGCCGAGUACCUUGAAGAACAAGGUCGUAAAUUUGCAGCUGUCAACCUUGACCCAGCUAAUGACGAGUUACCGUAUAAGGCUUCUGUCGACAUUUCCGAACUGAUCCGGGUCACAGAUGUUAUGGAAACAUUUAAACUCGGCCCAAACGGAGCGCUAAUCUACUGUAUCGAAUACCUUGAAACAAAUUUUGACUGGCUUCAAACCAAGCUCAAAGACUUAUCCUCUGAUACAUAUCUGCUAAUUGAUUGUCCCGGACAGGUAGAGCUGUAUACGCAUUAUACUGGUGUUCGAAACAUACUCCAUACGUUACAGCGUGAAGAUUUUCGCCUCACAGCCGUUCAUCUUGUUGACGGGGUAUAUUGCGCGGAUCCAGCGAAAUAUAUAGCCAUAUUGUUAACGUCACUGAGUUCGAUGAUCAAUGUAGAAAUGCCGCAUGUUAAUGUUCUGUCAAAAUUUGAUCUUAUUGACCCGGCUUUGUUGGCAUUUGAUACUGACUACUAUACGGGAGUAAUGGACCUGGAAAAGCUUUGUGAGAUCAUGGGUGAAGAUCGAUUUUUGGAACGUCAUCGGGGUCUCAACAAAGCUAUUGCCGCGGUGGUCGAAGAUUAUGCACUCGUUGGUUUUCAUACGCUAAAUGUCAGGGAUAAAAAAUCACUGCGAAAGGUUUUAGCAGAGACAGAUAAAGCUAACGGGUGGAUGUUCGGACAGGCUACCGAAAGAUUGGUGCAAGAGUAUGCGGCAGGACCCCGCAUGGGCUAAGGCCCUUGUGAAAGGAAUUAAAUAAUAUUAUCGAUGAUAUGUGUAGUACUAAUAAUACAAUAAGGCGGAAUUCUGCCGUAGGUAGUAAUAAAAAAAAACGUAAAUCAGCGUGAUUUAGUUUACUUGUCGUGAAUAAGUAUAGUAUAAUCAAU